GUACAAGAUCAGAUAGCAUAAAUAAUGAACACGUAAAUAUUAUCUUUCAUGUGUGUGCAGCACAGUAUAUGUUCUAUCUGUGCGCGCAGUACAUAAUUAAAACUGUCAGCCAAGGUGAAGGCUGGAAGUGAGCGUGACCUCUUUACCAGCAGCUGGGAAUAAAAUCUGUUCUGGUUCACAUAUCAAAUUACAAACCAUUCAGAGGCUUUCAACCCGACAUAAUUUGGUUUCCGUACCUGAAAGGUAGAUUACCUGCUGGCUCUGAAAGAUAACUGAUUUCUCGCAAUGUGAAAUGUGGAGCACCAGUGAGCGCUUUACCUCCCUUUUGUGAAGCCGCCUUGAUUCAAUUGGUUCUAAGCAAACUUUGUCACAAAGCUUCACGGAAUCCCUAAUGGCUUGUCUCAAUAAAACAUUCAGUAAGACUUUUAGUUUGCACAAAUGAGGCUGUCGACUGCUCGGAACGCGACGAACGACUCGUGUUGCUCAGCAAGAACGAUUGGAGACAACAGAAUUCAGCCUAGCCUUCAUCAUCCGUCACAUGCAACAUCAAUGAAUGAGCAGCUGCUAGCUUUGAUAUUGCUAGCUAAAAGGAGGCGUGUUCGGAAUUUUCCUCUGCACUCCUCAGCGACAAUUGCCUCAUUUUGGUGUGGUUGGUUUUCCACCUCAUCGAGUAUUCGUCGGAGACUGCGAAAUUCACACCGCGCUUAACAAAUCACUUGUCACCAGACAAGCCGCAACAAGAACGGAGGAAGCCAAAGAUCUUAAAUGAUUUCCACACGGCUGGCGGCCCAGAGGCAGGACAUGAAACUUCUGGGUGACAGCAGCUAUCAGAAGACCAGCACCUACAUCGUACCCUGCUUCCUCUUUGUCGAGCUGGUCAUCAUGGCAGGGACGGUGCUGUUGGCGUACUACUUUGAGUACACGGACACCUUCCCCGUGCACAUCCAGGGCUUCUUCUGCUUCGACAAAGCCUACUCCAAGCCCUACCCGGGACCCGAGGACUACAGCAAGGCGCCGCCCGUCCUCGUCUACUCCCUCGUUACCGCCAUCCCCACUGUGACGAUUCUGAUUGGAGAGGUGACGAGUUUCUUUGUCAAGUCAGAGGGAGCUCAGGAGAAGACCAUCGUGACCGCAGACUGCUGCUAUUUCAACCCACUCCUCCGCAGGAUUGUACGCUUUCUGGGCGUCUACUCCUUCGGCCUCUUCACGACCACCAUCUUCGCCAACGCGGGUCAAGUGGUGACGGGAAAUCAGACGCCUCAUUUCCUGAGCGCCUGCAAGCCCAACUACACGGCGCUGGGCUGCCAGUCUUCGCUGCAGUACAUCACCGAGCAACGAGCUUGUACGGGAAAUCCUUUCCUGGUGGCGUCCGCCCGCAAGUCUUUCCCCUCCAAAGAUGCGGCGCUCAGCUUUUACUCGGCCAUCUACACUGUGAUGUACGUGACCCUGGUUUUCCGCACAAAGGGCACCCGCCUGACCAAGCCGACGCUGUGUCUGGCGCUGCUGUCGCUGGCCGUGCUGGUGGGCGUGGUGCGGGUGACGGAGCACAGGAACCACUGGAGCGACGUCCUGGCCGGGUUCAUCACGGGCGGAGCCAUCGCCGCCUUCUUGGUGUCUUGCGUGAUCAACAAUUUCAGGCCGGCCCAAACGCCGACGCCGAACCCUCUGCGUCCGGCGCCGCAACCUUCGGAGACGCCGGCCGGGAUUCCUCUGCUCAGCCUGCCUCGCGUCGAGAGUCCACUCGAAAAGCUCCAGGGCUACCAUAUUCUGAGAUCACAUGACCAUCGGCCAAUCCCGCAGCCCACCCCCGUGCACCACCCCCUGCGGAGGUGCCUCACCAGCUCAGUCUAAACCGGCCCGACGACGACGACGGCGGCGCCGCCCAGCCCUGCCCCGCCCACCGCGGCGGCCGGCUUCCUCUCCGCCGGGUGAAGUCCACGCAGGUUUAAAGGUCCGCCGGCAGAACGGCGGCGGGACCUCGUCUGCCGGCCUGCCGCGGCGACCGACCGACCGACCGGCCCGUCCGCUUCUGUCUUGUUAGUCCUUUUUUUUUUUUUUUUUUUCCCUUCUCCUCUCUCGGGAGCGAAAGAGCCGAGGAAAGGCUCGUUCCAAGCCAGCCGCGUUGAAGCAAUACACCAAAUCCUCGUUUCCUCGUCCCCGUCGAGACUCCGAAGCGAGAUUAACGCUCGUCGGCCGCCGCCGAUGAUCAAAACUUGGUGGAGCGGACGCUUUGAGGACCGGAGGAGAAGCCUAAUAAGACCAGUGGAACCUCCACUGGAGGUGUUUUCGUUUUUUAACGCUCAGGACAAUACAGAGAUGUUUAUAUGUCAAAAGAUACACGUUACAAACACGGUUUCAGUAUUUCCCAACAUUUCUCGAGCCAUCAAAUGGAUGGAUGUCACUUUUGCAUUCUGCCCUCUAGUGGCAGAGCAUUGAAGCGUUCACCACUGGAAUAGAAAGAUUGAUGUAGUUCAUAAAUCAUUUUUGCACCACUGAAGUAAAAUUGAAUCAUUUCCCACAUGAUGACCUCACUUGGCACAGCGGUUGAGAAUCGUUGCUUCAAAGCUGGGGUGUCCAAACACCUCCCCCUGCCCCCAAAAGGGUUUCAUACAGACAAAUUGAGGACGUGGAGACUGUUUAUUUUUUUUUGUCCCCGAAUCCACUUUUUUUUUUGUCGUAUUAUUACAAAACCAGUUGAUGUGAUAUGUAAUCUGAUUUCUUCAGUUCUCCUUUUGAGUCAUGUUGCGUCUGACCCGAAUGAUGCAAUAGUUUCUGUUUUUCUCAAACUGGGGUCCCAGACCCAAUGGCAUCCAAUCAGCUGUAACUUUCGUGUCCGUAGAAUACAUUUUUGUUCAUUAUUUUUUCCAGUCAGACUCAGCAAUAACAUAAAUGUACUAAACCGGUGACUCUUCCUUAAUUUAGCAUUUGGCCAAUUCAAAUCCCUGAUUUAACUGUGAGAUAUCUCAUAAAUCUGCAUUUUUAGCUCCUACAAUAUUCUCUCGUGUAAUGUUUAGGUCGCACUCAAAAUGGUCUUUUGGAAGAUUCAGAUAUUUGGCAAUGCCAAAUUCAGAAUAUUUUUACCACUUAAUUUGGAAAAUAUAUAAUCAAUAAAUUGACUUUAGUUUUGCUCCCCUAAAGCUUCCAACAAUAAAGGUACAAAUUACAGACAGAACACUGUUUAACAAUACUUCAGUAUUGUUGUAUUAAAGUAUAAAAAUCUGCAAAGAUAGACCAAUAAAUUAGCAGAUUUUUCUUUAAUUAUUGUUUUGCUAUCAGUCUGAUGUUAUGAUGUGUUAAUGUAUUUAAAAUAUAUUUUUUUUUUGCAAAGGGCUAAUAUCGGCCAUUUAAACGGGCCGCGUGAGUCAUCGGUCAGGCCUUAGUAGUUGGACAAAAGAGGCGGGGCGACCAAAUCGCUACGUUUGCAAUCCAAUUUUUUUUUUUUUUUUUAACCUGUCAAACAACAUAGAAAAUCUUUCCCUUUUUAUCUACGUUUCUUGAGAAAUAGACCUUGUAGGGGUCACAAAGGUCGCCGACUACGGCAAGCCUAAUUGCUACGUUGGCGCCCCUGUUGUUAAUGGAAGCAAGUGCGCGUCACCCGAGCGAUGAUGGAUAAAUAUUGGGAACGUUACUUUCUUUUAAACAGUUCAAACAUGGGUCAAAAUGUGUUUGGAAAAAAAAAUAAAUAAAUCUGUGGCAUUUCGGGGUUUACAUGAUAUUUAUGUUGAAUUGAUGUUGGGGUCUUUUGCGGAAAAAUGAAAUGAAACGGAAAAAACGGCUACUUUUCGAGAUAAGGUACAAAGUGUUCAGCGGUUUAUUAAAACAAAAUCGGAUUUGCAGACCAAGUACGGAAGAGAGACUCCAGAUUACAAGGAUUACGUACGGAAGACAUUGAUGGAGUCAAAAGAGGAUAAAGCGACAAAUCCAAAUACUGCAAUAUCUACAAUUUCUUUGAAGUCAUUUUCACUUUUGUAACCGAUUUGUGCAACUGUAAAGAGACUUAAUGGACACUGUGCUCACGUGUGAUUUUCUUGUCAUCCCUCCCAAUUUAUCAACUGUUCUCUCGUCAGUGAAACGGCAGCCAGAAAGAAAAUGUUGGACGCCCCCUGUCAUAAAUCAUCUUUCGCACGCGGAUCCUCCAAAGCGAGCCGCAUCAGUCAUCACAGUUUUGUUGUUUAUCCGCUUUUGCCUUUUACAAACAAACGUACUAAUUUUUUGUUUCUGUGUCGUGAGUGAUGUGAUAGAAGGGAGGGACACUUAGUGUAUAUCCCGCAAAAAGUUUUCAUGUUUCGGAAAACAGGUAAAUACACAAAAUCAACAGAGAGGAAAAGUCCAGUUGCCUCGAUUCAACGUUGACCUCUUGACCUGUAUGACUGAGAAUCAACACCAACAUAGCACAGUGCUAGUUUUUAUUCAUGUU